AUGGGCAACUUGGACGGCAAGGAGGUCGCCCGGCGGGAGUGUGACUCCAGGGAGCAGAGGAAGCCAGCGACCCACCCGCCCCCUGCCCUACCCUGCUGCUGUGGGACCCCUUGCCAGCCACGAACGGGGCUUCUUUUGCCCAGGCUCGUCGUGCGUCAGGCCCUCUGCCAGGGACCCUCCGCCUGCAAGAAGUUGGGGGAGGACAGCCCGACCCUCACCACGAUGGGUGGUGCCCAGAGUACAGAUACGCGGCGUGGCAGCAAACCUAGGGGAAGCCCGAAGGGGCCGGCGGCCGAGGCGUGGGAGCAGGAUCCAGGCCAGGCGGACGCCUUCCCGGGCCGGGACAUUCCCGGGAGGCGGGGCGUCAUCCUGCCGCCGGCCUGCUUGGCCCUCCCCGCCCUCCCGCCAGCCUCCAACGGACGCGGCGGGGGUGGCGAAGGAGGCGGGGCGCCGAGCCUCCCCGGCGGGAUAAAAGGGCUGCUGCUGCUGCUGUCGGGCUCCAUCCUCGGCGGCACCACCGGGGACUCCCAACUGCCAAGAAGGCUGCCAGAGCAACCGACGACCACGUGGCCCUCCGGAGCAGCAGCUCUGCCCUCCCGCCCAGGUGAGCUCUGUCCGCCCGCACGCCCGCCCUCCCCGACGGCUCCUGGGCUCUCUCGGGCGGCUCAGUUUCCUCGGCAGCGGCAGCUUGUCGGCUCCUCUGAGCGCCGGCUUCUUUGCUCUCGCCCCCCACCACAGGAUGGCGACCAUGAUGGUGAUGUUCAUCAGGCCUCUGGCCAGUUCCUCCACCAGCCUCAACAACAGCAUCUCCAACUUGAUCCAGCAGCUGCUGCUCGGGGAAGGUGGCGGCAUGUUGGUGGACCUCCCAGCCGUACCACUGGACUACCUCGCCUGGGACAGGUUUACGGAGGACAUCGGGGAGACGCUCUCCGAGAAAUACAGAUGAGCCCCCCCGCACCCGCCCACCGCCCUCCGGGCUGCUGGCUCCCCGCCGCUCCCGGGAGUCGCCGCUGCCGUCGGGGUGCCGCCGCGCGCUUUGCGCUCUUGUGCGGUGAAACUGACAGCGAGCAGCAAUAAAGAGCCUGAACCGCU